AUGAAAUCCAGGAGUCAGGACCAGAGUUUGUCUGACUCCAGAGAGCUGGACAGAUCUUAUGACCCGCUCACAGGUAAUCCACCAUCCAAACCCAAUAAAAAGACCAUAAAGCAGCGGUUCCUCAAACUGCUGCCCUGCUGUCAGUCUGACUCCAGCCCUUCAAUUAAUCCAUUCACUAUUUUGUUUCUCUCUCUGUCCCCACAUACAGCGAGUGAGAUUGAUGAGAGUGAACGGUCAAUAGUGCGUUAUAGACCAGAAGGGCUGGACCGUCUCGUACAAAAGACCAACUUCAACAAGAAGGAGCUGCAGAUCCUCUACCGUGGAUUCAAAAAUGAGUGUCCCAGUGGUGCUGUGAAUGAGGAGACUUUUAAAGGCAUCUACGCCCAGUUCUUCCCCCUGGGAGAUUCAAAUAUGUACGCACACUUCUUGUUUGAAGCCUUUGACACACAUAAUAACGGAGCUGUCAACUUCGAGGAUUUUGUUGUAAGUCUGUCUAUCAUCUUGCGAGGCUCCAUCACUGAUAAACUCAACUGGGCCUUUAACCUGUACGAUCUCAACAAAGACGGCUGCAUCACUAGAGAGGAGAUGACAAACAUCAUGCACUCCAUAUAUGAUAUGAUGGGGAAAUAUACUUACCCUUGCAUGAAGGAUGACACUCCCAAGGAUCAUGUUGACAGCUUCUUCCAGAAAAUGGACAAGAACAAUGAUGGAGUGGUCACCAUCGAGGAGUUCUUGGAGACAUGCCAAAAGGAUGAGAACAUCAUGCAGUCCAUGCACAUGUUUGACAAUGUGAUCUAA